ACAGUCGAGCCCGAUCUGAAAUGACCGAAAUGCUUUUUUCAAAGUAUCUGAACGUACAGUUUUAUAUGUUUUAAUAUAUGUAUCAAUAUAGAUCUAAUUUUAUGUGUAAUAGGACUGGUGAUACUUGGUGUUUAAUCUUGUUUGUUAUGAUUUCGAAAAAAAUCGGGUUUGACAUUCUGCUAAAAAUGGAAGAAGGAUACAAACUUCGGUGCUGUAUUGUAGGACAUGAAAAAGACGUUCGGGCCGUUUCUCCGACUUUAUUUCCCAAUGAUGGAAUCAUCUCCGGGUCCAGAGAUGUCACUGCGAGAGUUUGGAUACCCAAUGAUAUGGACCCAGGGUUUCAUGCGGGUCAGCUGAUGAGGGGUCACAGUAAUUUUGUGUCAGCUGUGUGUGUUAUGCCCCCUGACACCUCCUAUGAACAGGGCCUCCUGGUUACUGGCAGUCAUGAUAACACCAUCCUAGGCUACACACCAAACUCAGCAGAACCGGUCUUCAAACUCACAGGACAUGAGGGCACAGUCUGUACACUGGCUGCUGGAAAAUUUGGAACACUGCUGAGUGGAUCAUGGGAUAAAACUGCAAGAGUCUGGUUAAACCAAAAAUGUGUGAUGACUUUGAAAGGACACCAAGCAGCAGUUUGGGCUGUGGGGAUUAUGCCAGAGCAGGGCUACAUGUUGACAGGAUCUGCUGAUAAAACCAUCAAAUUGUGGAAGGCUGGCAGGUGUGAAAAGACAUUUACAGGACAUGAAGACUGUGUGAGAGGACUAGCAGUACUGAAUUCCACUGAGUUCAUUUCCUGCUCCAAUGAUGCCACAAUCCGUCGAUGGUCCAUGUCGGGCGACUGUUUACAGAUUUGCUAUGGGCAUGAGAACUUUGUGUACAGUUUAGCUGUAUUGCCUAAUGGUCAGGACUUUAUCAGUGGGGGUGAGGACCGCACAAUGAGGAUUUGGAGGGAUGGGAAGUGUGUACAGACCAUUGCCCACCCUGCCCAGUCUGUGUGGGCAGUCUGUGUCAUUCCAGGCAAUGGGGACAUUGUGUCAGCAGCUAGUGAUGGUGUUAUCAGAGUGUUUACCACAAGGGCAGAAAGGAUGGCACCUGAGGAGGAACAGAGGUCAUUUGAAGAGCAGGUCGCAGCCACUGCUGUCCCCAAACAGUUAGGGGACGUAAAACUGGAGGACCUGCCGGGACCAGAAGUCCUGCUGACCCCAGGUAACAAAGACGGACAGCAGAAGAUCAUCAGACGAGGACCUAAGGCGGAGCUACACCAGUGGGACUCCACCAAACAGGAGUGGACGAAGGUCGGAGACGUCGUGGGCUCCAGCGGGGGAACUCAACAGACCUCGGGGAAAACUUUAUACGAAGGAAAGGAGUAUGACUACGUGUUUAGUGUAGACAUAGAAGAUGGAAAGCCCCCUCUGAAGCUCCCCUUCAAUAUUACCGAGGAUCCAUGGUUUGCUGCACAGAGGUUUCUGGAGAAGAAUAGUCUAAGUCAGUUGUUUCUAGAUCAAGUCGCCAACUUCAUCAUAGACAACACCAAAGGUGUGACACUAGGGCAACAGAGUUCAGGAUAUGUGGACCCAUUCACAGGUGGGAGCAGACAUGUUCCUGGUUCACAAUCCAGUAUGACCCAGGCCCCACCCUCAGGAACUGAUCCGUUUACUGGAGGGGGUCGUUAUAUCCCCGGGGGACCGCCACCUCAGCCAUCAUCCUCAGGGUCAGAUCCAUUUACAGGAUCAGGAAGAUACCAGCCCCAAGGUGUACACGUCAAUCUGGCCAAUAAUACUUACUUUCCUCAGAAGACCUACAUCGCGUUUGAAACUGCCAACCCUGUUCAAAUAAUCAACAAGUUGAAGGAGUUUAAUGAGAAGAUUGGGACAGAGAACCAGCUAGCUGCCUCAGAUUUUGAUCUCCUGCAGACUCUAAUGGAGGCUAAAAACAUUUCAGAGACCCACAUAGCAGUAAUGAACAAAGUCUUAAUGUGGCCCAAAGAGUACAUAUUCCCCGGACUGGAUGUUCUUCGAGUGAGUCUCCUGAAUCAGAAAGUUUGUGAACACAUGUGUUCCCGGGACGGAUUUCUUCCCCAUCGGCUCCAGUUCCUGACCUCCGACGCCCCAGUACCAACGCAGAUGCUGACUCUUAGGAUUUUAGUGAACUGUUUUCAUCAUGAGAAUGGACGACAGCUACUACUAUCACAAAGAGAUCAAAUCAUAACUCAAGCACUGAACUGCAGACUGACCGCAAACAAGAAUGUCCAGAUCGCCUUAGCAACAUUGUUAUUGAAUUAUUCCAUUAGCUUACAGGAUAGAGUGGACGAAGAGGGGAAGUCUCAGUGCUUGUUGGCGGUGGCCAGUGUACUAGAGAACCCCAUGGACCCUGAGGCGGAGUUCAGACUGCUGGUCUGUUUAGGGACUCUGAUUUCAAAUGACCAGGAAACUAAAGUCCUGGCCAAAUCUUUAGACUUGCAGGAUCUUAUCAUCCCAAUGCAAACUCGACUGGAUCCCAAGAAAGUUAGCGAUUGUGCAGGAUUUGUGAUCAAUCAUCUUCAGUGACUUUAAAGUUUCUUGUUGCACAUGAUUCGUUCUUUGUAAGUUUAUGUUUAAUAGUGCUAAUAAAAUAAUUUCACAACA